AUGACGAAACCCGCUCGGCGAAAGGCGUGUAAGCCGGUAAAGUCCGAAGUGUUCCGGGAGUACUGUGCCAGCAGUUCCGUCCAUGGUGUGCGAUACUUUGAUUCGCACGAGCGAACGACGUGCGAAAGAUUCUGGUGGUUGGUGGUGUUCCUGCUGUCCAUGGGCGGGUGCGGAACGUUGAUCCACAAAACGUUCAGCAAAUGGGAAGAGGCACCGAUCAUUGUGACGUUUUCGGAGAAAACCACUCCCGUCUGGGAAGUUCCGUUUCCGGCCAUCACGAUCUGCCCGGAGGCGAAGGUACAGGCGAAGAAGCUGAACUUUACGGGUCAGAUGAGUGCUCUGCUGGAGGACCUGCGCGACAACGGCCCCAACAUGACGAUGGAUCCAGCGAUCAUCGGCCAGCUGAAGGUUGUGGCUCAGCUGUGCAACUUUCUGUUCCAUUCCCAACACUACUACUUGCCCUCGUUGAAUGGAACCGACGAGGACGAUAUCGUGAGCAUGCUGAAGAAUAUCUCUCUUAACCGGCAUCGGGUGAAGGCGUUCUGUAUGUUUGACAAUUUCCACUACGAGUGCAACGACUAUUUGAAGGAAACAAUCACCGAGGAAGGCAUCUGUUACUCCUUCAAUAUGCGCCCGGAAGACGGUAUCUUCCGUCCGGGUGCCGUACACGAUGAGUUCAGCUACACGGAGGAUUGGUUGGGUCCGAACAACUCUAGCACCAGACACGCGCCAGAUCCUAGCCCACCCAUCCAUGCUAGUGGCGCAGGUCUGAACAGCGGACUGCUGCUGUACCUCCAGCAAAACCUCUCCGACAUUGAUUACAUGUGUACGGGAUUUUCGCAAGGCUACAAACUGAUGCUCCACGAUGCGGACGAGUAUCCGCAGGUGUCGAAGCGCAACAUCCGCGUCCCGCUCGGGCACGAAAUAAACAUGGCGCUCAAGCCCCAGAUGAUCAUCACCUCGCAGUCGGCCGCCGCCUACGGCUGGCAGAAGCGUCAGUGUUUCUUCAACUACGAGCGCCAUCUGCGGUUCUUCCGGAACUACAACCAGAACAACUGUGAGCUCGAGUGUCUCACCAACCUAACGUUGGCCCUGUGCGGAUGCGUCCGCUUUUCGAUGCCACACGCGCAGGGCACCCAGAUCUGUCCGCUGCUCCAGUGGGACUGUAUGUUUCAGGCGAAACAAUUCUUCCGUCCCAAGUCGAACGUAUCGCACGAGUUUCCCCGGUCGGUGCAGGACACGGUGGCCCGCUGCAACUGUCUGCCGGCGUGUACCUCUAUCCACUACGAUCUGGAAAUCACGCAAUCAUCCCUCGACAUCGAGCGGUUCUUCAAGGCCAACGGGCUGCAGAAAAACUACAUCUAUCAUCAUUUCGCUUUUACGUCGCUGGAAAUUUACUUCAAGGAGUCGCACUUUAUCACCUCGAAGCGUACGGAACUGUACGGAAUUGUCGACCUGCUGGCCAACUGUGGCGGACUGUUGGGGCUGUUUAUGGGCGUGAGCUUCUUGAGCUUGAUCGAGAUUUGCUACUUCAUCACGAUCCGACCGUUUUCGAUCCGGAAAACGCGGAGCGACCGCAAACCACCGAUGGCCGGCCAGAACGACGCCAACAAUUCGCUGCUUGCCGUUGUGUCCAAAACGGAUUGA